AUGGCUUUUAUAAUUGGCAAGUGGUCAGAUGAAAGUAAAGCAGACAGCAGAAUUCAAGGAAUUGCUGAUGAUGUUAAAGUUGCAGUGGAAGGUAAACUUCAAAAAAAAAUGACAACCUAUAAAGUAAUUUCCUAUAGACAACAAAUCGUUUUGGGAAUGAAUUAUUUAAUCAAGAUUCAAACUUUUAAUGGAUACAUUCAUAUCAAAGUAUUUGUCAGCUCAAGUGGCUCCGCAUUAUUAAGAGAUAUUCAAGAAAAGAAAACUUUAAAAGACCCAUUAAACCCAUUUUAA